AUGAAGAUGGGAGCUGAUCUCUCGACGCAGGAGUUGCAGAAAGGAGAACGAAGCAUUUGGCGUAUUGUACAGUCAGAAGUAUAUCCAGACGAUGUAGCCAUAUUAACGCAAAACUCACAGUCGAAUGCAACUAAACUAAAAAGGUUGAAAAACUCUAGUGCACUUAGUAAGUUGACACCCGUAAUUGAUGAAUUUGGGGUGCUCCGGGUUGACACACGUAUCAAAGCUUGCGAAUAUGCUACAUUCGAUAGCAUUUACCCAAUAAUACUUCCAAGGGACCAUCGUAUCACGUACCUCGUAUUGGGUUGGUACCACCGUCAGUUCAAGCACGCCAAUGACGAAACAGUUAUCAAUGAAGUUCGCCAAAAAUUUCAUAUUCCGCAGUUGAGAGUUGAAGUACGUCAAACAAGAAAACGCUGUAUGUGGUGUCGGGUUAAGAAACCAGUGCGCAUACAGCCGAGGAUGGGUCAACUUCCUAAAGCGAGGUUGACACCGUUUCAACGAGCCUUUACUUAUGUUGGGAUAGACUAUUUCGGACCAUACCAUGUCAAGGUCGGCAGGGCUACGGCAAAAAGAUGGGUCGCUCUUUUUACGUGCCUGACAACGAGAGCGAUACAUUUGGAGCUUGUAGGCAGUUUGACAACAGAUUGCUGUAAAAAAGCGAUACGCAGAUUUAUAGCCUGCAGGGGACCACCUGCGGAAAUCUACUCGGAUCGUGGGACGAACUUCGUAGGAGUAAGUAAGGAGUUGGAGGCGGAAAUUGCGAGUAUGAAUAAAGGAAUCAGUAACACCUUUACGGAUACGAUAACUAAGUGGAAGUUUAAUCCACCUGCUUCGCCACACAUGGGGAGUUGUUGGGAGAGGAUGGUUCGGUCCGUCAAAACUGCCUUAGGUGCUCUCCCUGAUGAACGGAAGCUGGAUGACGAAUCAUUGGAAACACUUCUGAAAGAGACACAACACAUGAUUAAUUCUCGUCCCCUCACCAUCGUGCCAUUAGAAACUGCCGAACAGGAAGCUCUUACACCGAACCACUUCUUGCUAUUGAACUCCAGUGGUGCGAAGCAACCGGAAAAGGAACCAACUGAUGCGAAUUAA